CGCGUAGGCUCGCCGCGCGCCCCCGCGGCGCGGCCCCGCCCGGGAGCGCGCCCCGCCCGCCGCCCGCGCACGCCGCAGCGCCGCUCCCUGCAGCUGCCCGGCGGGGCCCGGUGGCGGUGUGGGGGGAGGCGGCCGCACGCACCCGCCCGCCGAGCCGCGCCGCGCCGCGCCGCGCAGGCCGGGCCGAUCGCUGCAGAAAAUGAUGCACCCUGUUGCCAGCGGUAAUACAGCUUUCUGUGGGACCGGCAAGAGUUCUUGCCUUAAUGAAGACAAUGUGAGAUCUGCUGAUCAGUUUGACUUGUAUGCCACUCAGCAAAGUAAAUACAGCCACGCAGUCAGCCACAAACCAAUUGCAUGCCAGAGACAAGAUGCGCUGAAUGAGUCACACUUGCAGACCACAAGUGGCAGGAAUAUAGAGACAAAAGAUGAACUGAAGAAAAAGAAAAACCUCAACCGAUCUGGUAAACGUGGAAGGCCAUCAGGGACCACAAAAUCAGCAGGGUACCGAACCAGCACAGGUCGACCCCUGGGGACCACCAAAGCAGCUGGAUUUAAGACAAGUCCAGGCAGACCCUUGGGUACAACUAAAGCAGCGGGAUACAAAGUCAGCCCAGGCAGACCUCCAGGUAGCAUUAAAGCUCUAUCACGGCUUGCAAAUCUAAGUUAUACUUGUGGCAGUGCAGCUUUUCCCUAUCCUAUGGUGCAUAACAGAGGAGUACAUGCUGCUGGUGAAACCAGCAGCAAAAUCAAACAGCCUAAUGAAUGAACGGAAAGAGUUAGUAAUUCCUGACUAAUCCUCUUUACUCUGAAUUUUGGCAUGUUUCUUGCAUUUUAUUGUAGUGUUUGCAGAAUUAUGACUUUCUAAAUUUUAUUUUUAUUCAAAUAAUGCCAUAGCCUGUGAGUGCAGUUCAGUAACUUUUAAAGCAACAUGGCGAGGGCACUGGUAUAAAGAUUUUUUUUUCCUUAUAUCAUAAUUUAUAAGAAAAUCCAAAAUGACACAUAUGCCUUGGUGUGUAUACUUAAGUAAUACUCAUGUCCUCAGUUUUACAUUCACUUUCUGGUAAAUCUAGCUGUGUGGUUAUGCGUUAAGUAAUUGAAAUAAGGAGGAUAGAAUUAGCUGGCCACUGGCUCAUUAUGUGGCAUAUGCCACAAUAAAGAACUUAUCCUGAUAAGUUCCUACUUGCUAAAGGAAAAAAGAGAUUCAGGACUGUUUAAAUAGGAACAACUGCAAAAUUCUUGAGUUCUGUGUGCUUUUUAAUAGGAAGGCAUAGAAAGCAAGCUACAUUUUCCACUUCUGCAGGAGCUUAUACAGACCUCAAAUAGAUACUUAGGAACUUUUAAGAACCUUUCUUUUAAAGUGCUGGUUUUAGGUGGCUUUUAUUUCUAGAGUUGUAGCGUUAAGUCAAUUUCAACUAAUGCUCCAAAAAUAUUUUUGAAAACAUUAAAUGAAACUGAGCAUUUGUAUAGCACAUUACAGCUUCACAGCGCCUUAUUAAUACAAGCUAAUUUGCCUUUAGGUGAUGGCUGUUCUUUUUGUUAUGCUGUUACAGAAUUCUGCUGUGUAAUUUUAAAAUGCCUAGUAGUACAUCUACCAAACCACACAUAAUUCUUUAAAAUCUGAAAUAUUUUAUAAGAAAUUAAAUAAGUACUGUUCAUUCUAGUUACACACUUGGUUAAUAUUAAACAGUAUGUUCUUAAAUAUGUAAAUAGCUAUUUACACUGUUUUUUGCCUUUAAAAUCUGUGCUUAGCUGGCAGCCAUUUAAUAGCUUUUAAAGUAUUAAUCUAUAAUGUUUACAAAUUAAACUUUUUAAAUAGACACUGUUGCCAAGUUUUCAGACUUAGUUUUGCCAGAUAUUCCUAGAAAUACAGUUAUCUCAUUGUUUGACACUUAUACUAUAUUUAAGUUAUGGAAGCUUAUAUAUCUACCAAAGGACACCAUUUUCAUGAUUCAUAAAAGCGAACUGUAUAGCUGGUGCAAACAGGAUGCAGUUUACUGCACGGCUAGACCCCAGAUAUAAAGGAAUUCAUAGGAAUUCACCUAUGCAUGCGAGCUGAAAAAAUACGUUGUUGGUUAACUAUAAAUACCUUUCUUGACUCAAACUAAAACCUUCCCUGCUUCCAAAAGAAAUGUUCCAUUUUUCAACUGGGUGUGUUUAAUUUUUUUAAGUGUGGGAGUGUGAGAGUGUGUGUCUAACAUAUAUGCACAUACUUUAAUCUAUAUUUCAAAAAAAUCCUCAGUGUUGCAUAUUGUUUGUUCUAAACUAAUUUUACUGGUAUUAAAGCUUCUUACAUCUGGAAGAAAGAUUACAUUUAAGUUGUUUUAAGUGUAAUAUAAAUUUAUGAUAAAGUUGUGUCUUCAGAUAUCGAGGGUGGGAAUAUAUAUAAAGUCUGCAGGUUCUGGGGAGCAGAAAUAUUUUGGGUUAACUAGAGCUUGUGCUGAAUGAGUAACAGUAUUGAUAAUUUUUGUUAACAUGAAUGCUAUUCUGGCCUGCUGUCAUUUUGAUGAGAACUCUUGAUUUCUGUGAUGACAACUUAAGAAACAGAUGUCAUGUUUCAUACCUUUUUUAUCAGGAAAAAAGCAGCAAGCCUUCAGGUGUUCCAGUGAUGCCUAACACAUAAUGAGCUGGACUUUAUGCUGUACUUUACAAUAGGUGUGUUGAAUUGUUUUUGGGGGACUUUGUAUGCACUGGCAACUAAGACAAUGAACCUCAACUAUACUGGAUGGCUCCUUAGUCAAUAUAUAAACUAAUGGCAGCUAAACUGCUACUAAAAUAUAGUUUCUCCGUGCUGAAGCUAUGAAAUCCAGUUAUACGUUCUGUUCCUCAAGAAACUCGCAAGUAUGAAACUUAGCAAUUUUUCUCAGAACAGUGUAACUUCUGACACACGCAAAACGCUAACGUGAAUUAAUUCACCCUCAGGAUCUGUAUUGUAUUGGCUCUUUUUAAUCAGAUGAUUUUUCAACAAAGACCGCUUUAAGCUCUUUCCUGAACUCAGCUGGGAAUGCAGUCCUCUUCAGCUGAAUGUAAUAACUACAGGAGUGUCACACCUCGCUGGCAAGGAACGUGUUGCAUGUCACCACUGUACCUUGGAGAAACUCCACUUCUUACCUCCUUCUGUUUAUCCCGUUUGCCCUUGUUUCAUUUCUCACUUGUGCAUCUACUCAAUGGUGCUGUGCUGUGUGUCAGGAGAUAAUGCAGAUGUAUUACUGUUCUGCUAGUAUAAUGAAUUUUGUAUUCAAGUAUGCUGAUGAAAUAAUGAAAUCAUCUAAGCAGUUUCUGUUCAUUACAGUGUUUAUUAAUUAUAUCAGUUGAAAUAUAAUCCCAGUAAAAACAAUUAAUGCUGUCAAUUGUGAAACGAUGAGCAUAAAGUAGGAAAGUGUUCGGAGAGUCUGUAAAGGGUUGCUUGGCACCCUAGACUUAGCAAGGAGACCAGAAGUGCCCUGCAGGGCAUUUCCUGAUUCUGGUUUAUUUUAUAUUUGACUAUAGUUUACUGGUGCCAUGCUGUGAGGGGAAGAAAACAGAAGUUAAAGAUUCCAAGUGAAAUAUGAAUGGAAUUUUCAAGUAUUUCUGCUUUGCCUAUGUAUAAUCUACAGAAUACAUUGUGCUUUUUUUAACACUGUCUUUUCAUGACAAACACUGAAACAGCAUGUUAUUGCCUAAACUCUGUUACUACCAAUGGGAAAACUGGCCUUUUCCUCCCCACAGUAUAAAAAGAUUACUUGUAAGGUAAAUUGCUUAUUUUAUAUUACGUAUCAUAAUUCAGCUCUUCAUAAGCUAGGAUCACUGUUGUGUAUUAACACUGUUCAGAUGAUGAUCUACAUGUCAAGUUUGUUUUUUAAUAAGUUCUUUUAAUUAUCGGGUUUCUAACAUGUCUUAUUUAUACAUAAAUGAAAUGUAUUAGCUUGCUAUUAUUCCUUAAUGAUGCUAUACAAGUUCACUGUUUAAUAUACAUAUAGUAACUACUAUUCAAUUUCUGAUUAAAUUUACUUUAAAACCAAAUAAUUUUGCUACUAUAAAGUCUUGCACUGGACGUAUUCAAGAUGCUAGCACCAUAUUUUGGCAGAAAAAAUCAGAUACCAUCAGAAGUGGCUAACUUUGAUAGCAAAGAUACUAUUUUUAAAAUCAGCAGUUAGCUUUGUCAUUAAAGAAAUGUUCUUUAUAUCUUGGAUUUAGUUUAAACUAAUCAAAGUAACUAUGUAUCAAGAGCCAUUGAAGAUUUCUGUUCUGAAUGAAUAUAUUUUCAUUUUAUCUGAAAGAUCUUGGAGUUCAGUCAGGACAAAUCCAAGCUUUGUCAGUGAAAAGUGAUGUGUCUGUGAAAAGAAUUACUUGCAACUACAAUAUGCAGAGUAAUUCAGAUCAGAAUUUAAUCCCUCUCCCCAUUUUUGAAGAGCUUUAAAAGGCAGAGCAAUGUGCAGUCUUUUGUCUGAUGGUUUCAUUAGCUGUGACUCUGCUAUUCUUUGUCAUAUGUAUAAUAAAGUUUCAUGCUAUCCCUAGAGAUGACACUUAAAAAGGUUGAUAAUAAUCAUACUUUCAACUGCAGACUUCAUUUCUGACCCCAAAAGACAUUUAUUCUUCUCUAUUUUAAUGCAUAUAUUUUAACACUGCUAAAAUAUAUCUAUGAUUCUCGUAGAGACUAGACCUUUCUCCUUGUGAUUAUUAUUUUCAAAUAGGUAAAUCUGUAUUCUGAAGUUUGAACCACUUUCUGAUUCUUUAAUCUUUCACCAUUUGCUUUUCCACAGGUUUACUUUGGGGGAAACAGUAAUCUGUUAAAUAACUAGUAUCAGCACCCUGUCCUCUGCUGUAAAAAGCCUGAUUAGAUACUGUGUAUGUUUUUAUGUCCAUGAACUUGAGCUACUCGUGUGCAAUUAUGUGUAUGGGAAUGGAGUAGUGUUCAUGAUCUGUAUUUACAUCAUCAUAUGGAUGUAUAUUUAUUAAUAAAGUUAAUACUUUAAAACCUAACAA